AUGGGACAGCGUCACAAGGUUCUGGAAACCGACCACCCAACCGCUAAAUUCCUCUACACUAUCAUCAAGCAGUUGGACCUGAAGUCGGUCAAUUGGAAUCAUGUUGCCUCUGACCUCGAGAUAUCCAAUGGCCAUGCUGCUCGCAUGCGAUAUUCCCGUUUCCGACAGCAAAUGGAAGGAGUUUCAGGAGUGCCUAGGCAGAAGAAGAAGCCCAAGAAAGGCAAAACAGUAGACCCUCCUGUUGGCAUGCACACGGGUCUCCCAGCGAACCCAUUCAUGACACCCAAAAUGGAGUCCAUGGAGCCAUUCUUACACAGCAACCCAUUCUUCAAAAGCGAAUUGACAACCCAGGGAAACCCAGGCAUGCAAGACUUCACCAAUUAUCCUCAGUCAAUGCCUGGAAGCGGUACACAGUCGUAUUCUUACCUGCCACAGAAUUUUGCCUCAAGGGGGUUCCAACAUGCGUCUACAAUCCCGUCUGGUCUGCCACUCGCCAACCAAGGGACAUCAUUUAUGAACCCAUACCAGUCUCCUGAGAUUCUAACCAGCCACCCCUAUGGACUAAUGUCCGGGGCCAGCUUCAGUCCAACCACAAAUUGGGCGCCACAGGAGUCCUCUUAUCAGGAUCUUCAGACCGUGAAAGUUGAAGAUGAUAGUCAGACAGAAGCAGGAACCUUGAAUUUUGGCGAGCAGGUCAACAACCUGCCACUUCAAUUUGGAACGCAAUCGCCCAUGGCGAACUUUGUCCCACUCCCCAGCUGGGAACAGCAGCCAUCCUUUCAUGACAGGGGAGAGAACGCGAAAGUCGAAGAGGAGCAGUCCAAUAAAACGGGAGAUAUUGGUCUGAGCGACCAGUUCAACAACAUGCCUAUACAACAGGUUGAUCAUCCCAUGGAAGACGUUGAUGAAUCUUUUGCUGACCACCACGAUCAACAUUCUGCUCACGUCCUUCAAGGAAUGGCCGGUCCUCACGUCGACCCUACCACUUACCACCACCAGGUCCAAAACGCCUUUGAGUACCAGAUUCAAUAUUCACGUCAGGAACCUGACAACAGCCCGACUAGCCCCCACGUCGAUCCAUCCGCUCAGGGCCAACCUCAGCCCGUGGCUGAUGACAACUUCCACAUCGUGCAACAGAGCGUGGAUAUCAAUUCACAACCGAUUCCACCUGCAGCUGAGAAUCUGGCUCAAACCCCUAUCAAAGACCCCGUUGAAGUCGUUGUCAACAAAGGGGGCGAUAAAGCCGUACAGAAUCUCGUUCGAAAGCCCAGCCCAACGCCCGAUGAGCAGCCUGUUGAGACACUCAACCAAGCACCUCCGGCACAAGCUGUUCAGGAAGCCGUUCAUUCUGUUCAACCCGUUCAGUCCCCAGUCCAGCAACUCACUCAGACACCGGAUCAAACUAUUGUCAAACAGCCUACGCCGCCCAUCCAGCCCCAAGUCCUGCACUCUUCUCAACAAAACACCCCGAACGUCAUUCAGCUAGCUGAUCAGAGGCCCAUCCAAUCAAAUGCGCAACACAUCGUUCAAAAUAUGGCUGGUCACCAGCUCAACGACACAUCUUGCUAUAGCUUCCAACAUACCGCCCAACCACCCAUUGAUAGUUCUGUUGAUAUAUCUGUUUAUCCUGCAAGUGAUGGGUCUAGGCUCCAACCAUGCCAAUCAGCAGAGCCAACACCAACACAGCAGCAGAUGUCGGAGGUCAAAAUUGAGACAACCCGGGCUCAUGAGGCCUAG